GCUGUAUACAAUAGCACUAAAACUUGUACUAUUUCACACUUACAAGUUUUCACCAGUCACAACUCUAGGCCAAGAUAUGGAAUUCGUCGAGCAAGGUUUUCAACAAAUAGCAAGCCACUACUUCAAUGAAGCAAAAGAUAUCGAACUCCAGCCUAUAUGCAAGGUCGCAGACCCCGAUACAGCCAAGUUUCUAAGCGAACAGUAUGCACUCCCAGAUGAUGGCCCACAUGAGAUUGGUGAUGUUUUGAAGGAGGCUAUUGAGAUUAAUAGCUAUCGAAUACGAAAUGACCAUCCCCGAUUCUUCGGCUUCAUUCCAUCUCCAGUUUUACCAGUGGCAUGGCUGGGCGACGUGAUAUCAUCUGUGUUUAAUGUGCAUGGGGGCUCGCGACUUCAGAGUUCAGGUGCCAGUGCGAUUGAAAAGAGCCUUAUACAUUGGAUGGCAAUGAUGGCAGGGUUCCCAGCUGAGACAGCCGGCGGAAUUUCGGUAUCUGGAGGGUCAAUGGCUAAUUUAACAGCAAUUAUAUUGGCCCGUGACUACAAACUACCUCACGACAAGGUCCAAACUGGUGUUGCAUAUGUCUCAGACCAAACUCACUCGUCUGUUGCAAAAGGACUGCGGAUCUUAGGAUUCCGCGAGCAUCAGGUACACAUGGUCCGAAGUGAUAUUAAUUUUCGUCUAGACACUGUGGCAUUGGAGGAUGCUAUCAAGACAGACCGUAAUAACGGACUGUAUCCAUUCCUGAUUAUAGCUACUUGUGGCACAACAAACACAGGGUCAAUUGACCCAAUCGAAGAAAUCACAACUAUUGCGCAACGUGAACAACUUUGGGUUCAUGUGGACGGGGCUUACGGUGCCUCAGUAAUGUUAUCCAAGACACAUCGUAGUUUAUUCCGUGGUCUAAAUAAAGCAGAUAGCAUAUCAUGGGAUGCACACAAAUGGCUCUUCCAGACUUAUACGUGCAGCUUUGUGCUUGUUAGGGACAAGGCUCUGCUCUACAAAAGCUUCCACACGGGUGCUGAAUACGUACAGGAUGCGACCGAAAUGGACUACGUGCCUAAUUACUGGAACUUUGGAAUGGAGUUAACGAGGCCUACACGAGCAACAAAGCUUUGGUUUACUCUUCGUGUUCUGGGACUUGACCAAGUCAGCAAUAUGCUUGAUCAUGCAAUCAAGCUUGCCGAAUGCGCAGAGAGAGAAGUGCGAAGAUUGCCUCACUGGCAGAUAACUAGCCCGGCUAAUUUGGCGAUUGUCACGUUUCGAUUUGUACCAGAUGGGAAAUCAGAAUCUGAGCUAGAUGAACUCAAUACCCGCAUCUCACAGCAACUACUAACUGAAAAUGUUGCUGCUGCACUCACGAGCAAAGUAAAUAAUACGGUGGUGUUGCGAAUCUGCUCGAUUCACCCUGAACUGAGUGAGAAUAGCAUGAAAGGGGUUGUGGCAAGAAUGGCAGAGCUGGCAGAGGGAAUGAUCCAUGCAGCAUGUAUAAUAUAG